AUGGAGAUGCUCUCAUUGAGGACUUUGGGUGGUGAAAAUGAAAUCCCUAUUGAGAGAAUUGAUAGAGAUGAAUUCAAUGAUGGUAUAGCAAUGGUGUUGAGGACUAGGGUGGACGAAGACAGUGAGGGGCCUUCUCCGAAUGAAAAGGGAAAUCAGACCGUUAAAAUGGAGCAGCAGCUUAUCAUGGAUAAAGGAUGUCUGCUCAGCUUGCAUAAGGAUAGGCUUGCAAAACAAAUUGGAUUCACGACAGUCCUUCUCAUGGACAGUGCUUGGGAGAGUAGCAGAAUGGAUUCAGAGGGACCAGCUUUGUAUGAAGUAGAGUAG